AUGACGACUGCGGAGGCCGUGUGGGUGCGCAACUCGAGCGUCAACAUGGCCUGGAUGUACACGUACUGCUUCACGCUCUUCUUCUCGUGCAGCAUGACGAUGCUGGCCGCCUGGGCCAUGCGCAAGCUGGGCGGCGACAUGUUCCGCUCCACUGUGCGCUUCGUCAUCGCCAUGUUCCUCUUGUGCUCCACGCUGCACGCGCUGGCGGGCGGCGUCUUCUACGCCUACCUUAUCCACGCCAUCUAUGCAGUAAUUGACCAGAUUAAGGACCAAUCCGGCUCGGGCUCCGAUACCACCCAGGCCGACGUGACCAUGAGCGAGUUGCUGCACAACGACAGCAAGGACGACGGCGGAGAGGCCGCGUACAUUACUAAACUGACCCAAGAUGACGUCCCGCUGUCUACGGCGUUAACUGCACUACUCCUGGCGGAAAAUCUGUUCUUUAUCCUGAGCGCGUAUUGGAUUUUUCUUUUAUCCAGAGAGUUAUUCAAGCUCGCGAUGCGGACUUUGGACCGAGGCGAGCAGAACGAGAAGGCCACGAUUGUGAAAUAUGUGUGGCGCGGAUGGAUUAUUGUGGGAUUAUUUCUCGGCGCCGGACUGGCGAUCGUCAUUGUUCACGACGGAUACAACCGCGCGUACAAGUAUUUGAGUUUCGUGGAGCUGGGAGGGAUUAUUUUCUCGGUCUUUUACGCCACGGGGGCGUUGGUGGUGCUGAGGUUCUCAGGCAGGAAACAUGAACACAUUCACGGCGUGGUGAUGGCCUCGCCGCUGUAUCGGAGACUCAAGCUGCUGAUGAUCGUGUGUGCGGUUUUCACGCUGCCCUACUGCUUCUUGCAGGUGGCGCUGCUGUGCAUGCCGCAGGACAAGGUGGAUGCAGUCCCGGACUACGUGGUUGGAAUUGUGACGAUGCUGUAUUAUUUGUUCGGAGCUGCUCAGGCGCUGGUGAUGGGGGGAAGUCAGCAGUGCUGCAUCAGGAUGCUGUCUCCGAUCAUCCCGACGCACAUCAAGAACUCGCCCGAGUGGGCGAAUCUACGCGCCAAUCGAAGACACGACUCGUACGCGACGUACGAGGCCACUGCGCCACCGGAGAAGCCCGUGUUCGUGAAUACAGAUAUUGAAGGUUCCAGCGCGCUGUGGGCCCAGGCACCGGAGGCUGUAAUUGACACGGCUCAGGACCUCCAUGACGACUUGCUGCGCUCUCUGUUGCCCAAGUUUAAUGGUUAUGAGAUCACGACGGCCGGAGAUGCGUUCCAGUUGGCCUUCCACAGAAUUCCGGACGCCGUGAAUUAUUGCUUGGAGGUGCAGCUUCAGUUGCUGCAGGUGAAGUGGCCGUCCGCGCUGGAAGGCCUCGUGCCUUCUGUGAAGACAGAGGUGGCCCUUGGUCUAAAGCCGCAGCUUCUUUUCCGUGGUAUUCGAGUACGCAUGGGCAUUCACGACACAAGCGCAGCGGAGGAGGGCAACUUGAUCAUGCAGACCCAUCGUGUGACUGGCAAGGCGUUGUACAUUGGCGCCUCUGAGUACAUCGGCCGCGAAAUCGGCGACGUGGGAUUCGGAGGACAGAUUAUUCUUUCGAGGCGCGUGGCGCGUUGGCUUCAGACCAACGACAACUCGUCCAGGAUUUUGACGCCGUUCCGACUGGACUACUACGGCAUGCACCCCAUUAACCAGUUGGAGAUCGACAUCGAGCUGUAUGAGAUCACGCCCAAGAUGUUGAAAAUGCGGCGUAAAAUCUUCCGCAAGCGAACGCAACAGAAGAGUGGUGGGAAAAUCACGGAUGAGAGUGUGCGGGGCACAGAUACGGAGGAGCCGACUCCAGAAGACGAGCAUUCCGGUAUGGAGUACUCCUCGCAACGUACUCCGAAUGGAACAGCUCGGUUUCGGGAGAAGAUGCCGACUGUGAUAUGGCAGACAAUGCGAGACAGAUGGAGCAACUAA